UUGACAUAUUUUGACAAGUGACAUUUGUAGGUUAUCAACUCGGGUCAUUGUUGUCUCGGCUACAAAAACUCUUCCAAACCAGAUAAAAAUAUGUGUAAAUAGUUUAAAAAAGUGAUUGAAUCACUUCAAACGAACAUGUCAACGAAACGGCCCAUUUAGUUAAUUUUUCCUUUAUUUAUUUGCGAACGGUGUAAAUAGGUCACAAUGAAGACUGAUAACAUUGCUCCAGGGGACGUUAUUUGGAGCAAUAACGACUUGUUAACCGACGAAACAUGUCUCCCUGUAAUCGGUAAUUGCCAAAUCUCUUCAAUCCUCUCAAACCUCGACUCCGGAGACAAGAACGAAGUUCCAACAAACGUGCGUGCCGACAAUAACGAUUUAAAAUCAAGCCACGAAAACAAUUACGUCAUACUCAAAGAGAACAGUGAUAAGUCCGAUUCAGUAAAAAAACAAAGCUUUAAGAAUGGAAACAACUUUGAAAACAUGCUGUACUUCGUCUGCAAUUUAUGCCCGUUCCUGUGCACAAAAAACUCGAAAAUCACCGAACACCUCGAAAACGCACACAAAAACAAAACGGUUCGGAAACUCCCCCACUUAAAAUGCCCAGCGUGCCCUAACGUCUUCUUCCACAAAAUGUCUCUAAGGUCCCACUUGAUCCACGACCAUGGCGUCGGCAACUCCGACAUAAAUUUGAUAAUCCAAGCGGUGGUUUAUGGCGCAAAUAAAGCAAAAAGUUCCGAUAGUAAGAAAGUACCGUUUAAAAUUGAGUCUCGAGAAAACAGCGACGGGGCUUCCCCCAAAAGCAUCGACCUAUCGAAAGUUGAAACACCAACGGUCAAAACCGAAAAUAUUUUCAACAAACAUAUCAUCAGUAAGUUAAUUGGGGCGAAGAAAACCCAGACCUGCGUGGUGCCAAUGUGCAAAGUCACUUUGCAAAGUGCAGACAAUAUGAACUACCACAUAAGUUGCCACAAGGACUCGGGCUUUGCGUGCCUGGUCUGCAGCGAGUUUUUCAUGUCCUGGAAGCAGCUCACGAGUCACUUGUGGCGACUGCACAAAAUCGACAUGGAGCUCUACUCGUGCGAUAAGUGCAGCUACAAGUCGGUCAGUUUGGCCAAACUGAACAACAUCCACAAGCUGAUUCACGGCGACGUGCGGGCCUACGUCUGCAACGUGUGCAAGAAGGCCUUCAAGAACAGCAAACAGCUCGGAAACCACAAAAUCACCCACAAGAAGGAAUUCGAGCGUUUGAAGUUCACCUGCGAGAUCUGCUCGAAGAGCUUUUCGGAUAAAAGACAGCUCAAAAUCCACAUGAACGUGGUGCAUGAAAAAAUCAAGCCGUUUUUGUGCAACUACUGCGGGUACAAGGGCUCGUCGCGCAGCUCUCUGAAAAUGCACAUCAGGCAACACACGGGGGAAAAACCGUUCACUUGUGAUUCCUGCUCCUAUGCCACCUCCGACCACAACUCGCUCAGGAGGCACAAGCUGAGACACACGGGCCAAAAGCCGUACAAGUGUUCGUACUGUUCCUACGCUUGCAUCCAGAGUAGUACUUACAAAGUGCACAUCAAGACCAAACAUCCGGGGCAGGAGAAAGACCUGAUGUUCACGUGCCAGGAGUGCCAGUUUCGGUCCGUUAAUAAAGAAAUGUACGUUGCUCAUAUGAUCACGGUUCACGAUCAAAAACCACAAAGUUAAAAUAGAUUUUAUUUAUCUAA